AUGUGUGACAAGAACACUGUUUAUUCGAUUCCACGGAAACACGCUAUGCACGCCGGACGCCGCUCUGCUCGGUCAGAUCGCCUAAAACGCCGCAACAUCCAACCAAACUCUCUGGCAGAGGACUUGGACUACUCUACACACGCUGGAUAUAUUACCUCGCGGUGGUCAGUCUCGACUUGCUCGCCCAGCAACAAAUACGGCAGCAGCAAGCCAGGAACCCCACAGCGAUUCGAUGUGGACACUAUGGAGAGCUCCUGUGCAUAUAAGCCCAGAUCUGCAGGAGGACUGACUGCAGACCACGCAUAUCACAGCUUCAGUCUGACACCCGCUGCCCGGCCACACCGUCAGCAUCGCAACCAAGAUACAACAAUCUUUACGCCCCUCAUCCUCCAAACAACAUCUACCUUGAGCUUGACUGGAUCGCCGUUCUUUUCGCCAUAUUGCUUCCCUUCACCCGAAUCCGAUGACCAAGUACACACCAUCCAGUCCCGCCAUUCUUCAGGAGAUGCCGUUCGCACGAUGGGCGCCGGUGGACGAAGUAGCGGUUGUGGAGGUAGUGGCUCAGAAGGCGACAGUCCCGAACCGUCGGGUGUGCACCCAGGCCAAGGAGAGAACGGAGGAUCCGAUGCAGUAGGAGGAGAAAACGAGAGUGAUGGAGGAAAGAAGCCGUCGUCGUACACGUUUCGCAGGCGAAACGCUAUCGUUGAAGGGUCGGAGGAUGCUCCAAGGCUCGACGACUUUCCUGACAAGUGA